AUGUCGCGGGCCCCGGACUCCGGCCGCGUCUUCGCGGGCGGGAAGGGCGCGAACCAGGCGGUGGCGGCCGCGCGUCUGAGCGGUGGGACGGGCCGGAAGGUGCAGUUUGUCUGCCAGUUCGGCAACGACGCGCACGCGCCGAUGUUGAGGAAGACGCUCGUGGAUCACGGCGUCGACAUCUCUGGCUCCGGCCACUGCAAGGACAAGCCGUCCGGCCAGGGCUACGUGUUCCUGGAGCCCGACGGCACCGCGUCGAGCGUCGUGGUGGGAGGCUCCAACGCCUCGUGGCCGAGCGAGAUCCCCGCGGAUCUCUCUCGCCUCGUGGGCGGAGCGAGCGCCGUGCUGCUGCAGAGAGAGAUCCCAGAGCACGUGAACGAGUACGUGGCGCAGGCUGCGAGCUCGGCCCGGGUGCCCAUCCUCCAGGACGCGGGCGGCGAGGACCGGCCUAUCUCCGACGCGCUCCUCGGCAUGGCCGACUUCGUGGCCCCGAAUGAGACCGAGCUCGCGCGCCUCACCGGCCUGCCCGUGGCCUCGGAGGCGGAGGCCGUGGCCGCCGCCGAGCGGCUGCAGGCGCGGGGGGCGCGGGCCGUGCUGGUGACGCUGGGCGAGGGCGGCGCGCUGCUCCUCACCGGCCAGGGGCUCCUCCUGAGGCAGCCCUGCCUCCGGGUCCCGGGCGGCCGGGUCGUGGACGCCACCGGGGCGGGCGACAGCUUCCGCGCCGCCUUCGCCACCGGGCUCGUCGAGGGGCGGCCACUGGAGGAGUGCCUGCGGCUCGCCGCGGCCGCGGGGGCGCUCGCGGUCUCCAGGCUGGGGGCGAUCCCCAGCCUGCCCACCCGCGAGGAGUGCGAGCAGCUGGCGUUCGGCACGCCCUCCUUCGCGGUCGGUGGCUCCAGCGCCAGCAGCUCGGCUCCGGCGCCAGCGCCAGCGGCUCCAGCGCCAGCAGCUCCGGCGCCAGCAGCUCGCGACCGCGAGGAGGGCCGCGGCGACGGGUUCCCGCUGAAGUUCGCCUCCCGCCUGAACUCGAUGAAGGACAGGCUCGACCUGUGGGGCGGCGCGAACGACGUCCUCGGGUGGGUGGCCCGCCAGGGCACCAUCCGGGGGCUGGGGCUCGUGGACUUCAACUACCCGCAGCACCUGAGCGGCCUGGCCCCCGAGCAGGCCCGGGGGGCGCUGCGGGCGUCUGGGCUCGAGGCGGGGGCGGUGUGCCUGCGCUACCCGAAGGAGUUCAUCCUCGGCGCCCUGACGAACCCUGACGCGGCGCUGCGGCAGAGGGCCAUAGACAUCACCUUGGAGGCUGGGGCCUGGGCCCGCGAGCUGGGGGCGCGGGAGCUGAUCGUGUGGUCUGCCUUUGAUGGCUACGACUACUCGAUGCAGGUGGACCACACAGCGCUGUGGUCACGAAUCGUGGAUGCCUUUCAGAAGGUGUGCAGCGCUUAUCCCGAUCUGCUGGUGUCACUCGAGUUCAAGCCGACCGACGAAAACAUGCGCUUCUUUGCAGUGCCCAGCACCGGGGCUGCCAUGUUGCUCGUGAGGGAUAUUGACUGUCCGAAUAUGGGCCUGACCCUAGACUUCGGUCAUUGUCUGGCGGCGGGGGAAAAUCCUGCUCAGAGCGCCGCGAUGGUCGGGUCAGCCGGCAAGCUUUUCGGUAUACAGUUGAACGACGGCUACCAGCGCAUCGGAGCAGAGGACGGGCUGAUGUUCGGCUCGGUCCACCCCCUCAUGGCGCUCGAGUUUGUGAUGUGGCUGCAAAAGACAGACUACAAGGGCCACGUGUAUUUCGACACCUUUCCGAACGAGGAUCCCGUGCGCGAGGCGGAGUACAACAUCCGCCGCUUCAAGGCCCUCUGGCGCCGCGCCGAGCGCCUGCAGCAGCACCUGGGCGGCCGCCUCGCUGCGCACGACGCCCUGGGCGUGCUGGAGGCGAUGGAGGAGCUCGGCGACGAGUGCUAG